CGUGCCGCGGUCUGCCACGAUACGUUUUCGACGGGUCCGACCGAGCGCGCGUCUUUCGUCCUCUCACGGGCUGGUUUUCCCUGCUCGUUUCUCGCAGUCUACUUUUGCGACCGUUCUCGCGACGUCACCGUGUUCCACUGAGUUUCCCGAAGCGGCAGACGGUCUGACACUGUACGGGAAAGGAGCGGAGCGACCCGGCGAAAAUGUACUGCUCGACGGUGACUCAGUACGAGGAGAAGAAAAAGGUCGACCGGAGCGUGGACGAGGACGUGGAACCAUUUCCGGUGGCGAGAGAACAAACCCGAGUUAGUCAGCCGAUAAUAUGGUUGAAUGUGAUUGGUAUCGUAGUGCUUCAUAUCCUGCCCGUUUACGGCUUCGUGACCCACUAUCGGGACGCCAAGUUCUGGACCUGGAUCUGGACCAUCGCCUAUGGGAUCACCGCUGGCUACGGGGUUACGGCGGGCAUGCAUCGACUGUGGGCGCACAGAUGUUACUCGGCCAAGACACCUGUGCGAGUUUUUUUGGCCCUUCUGUAUUGCAUGAUGGGACAGACGCACUUCUACAAGUGGCUACGAGACCACAGGACGCAUCACAAGUUCUCGGAAACGCCGGCGGACCCACACGACGCGACCCGGGGCUUCUUUUUCUCGCACAUGGGCUGGUUAAUGAUGAAACGACAUCCGGCCGUCAAGGAGUACGGCAGCAAAAUCGAUAUGAGCGACAUCGCAGCCGAUCCUGUAAUCAAAUUCUUUGACCGCCACUUCGAGAUCAUCAUGCUGUGGAUGACAUUCGUGUUCCCGACGCUGGUGCCCGUGCUGUUCUGGGACGAGACGUGGUACAUCGCCUCGCACGCGGUGCUGAUCCGGUACGUCUGGUCGCUGCACGCGACCUUCUCGGUGAACAGUUUCGCUCACAUGUGGGGCAACCGACCGUACAACAGGCGAGUGAAGCCGACGGAGAACGCGGCCGUGUCUUUCUUCGCGCUGGGCGAGGGAUGGCACAAUUACCAUCACUCGUUCCCCUGGGACUACAAGGCCUCCGAGUUGGGCUCCUACGGCCUGAACACCACCACGGCGUUCAUAGAGCUGUUGGCGUACUUGGGUCUCGCCUACGAUCUGAAAACCUGCAAGGACGACCUGGUCGAUCGGACCAGACUGAGAAAAGGGGACGGGACGGACAGUCUUUGGGGCCAUCGGAGGCAACCGGAGGCACCGAGCCGUCCACUCGGAAACUAACCCGACGCGCGAGGCGCGACGUCGACGGCGACGGCGCCGUAAAGAGAGAGAGAGAGAGAGAGAGCACAGGCUCGGAAAUAUUGUAGCCGAGCGAGGAAAGUGGCCAGAAGAGCACCACUUCCGAAACGAUUCUUCCUCCUUUCCCGUACCACGCGUCCCAAGCGCUAGUUUAAUUUUACGCUCGUUGUAGUCGUUUCUGCCGCGCAGCUUUAUUUACUUUUGUUUCCGCGAUCUUGCCGCGGGCCAGGAACGAAUUCGAACGAUAGUCAACACCGUAUUAUACAGAGAACCGAAGAUAUUUGGGAAUUUGUUCGCUUUGCUCCGUUUGUAAAUAAAUUAUUUCUACGAUC